CCUGUCACCGCGGCGAUGAGCGGCUUCAGCAUCCUCCUCCUCCGGCGCCCCGCCCUCACCUGCGGCCCCGCCGCGCACGCAACCUUAGGGCUGCGGCCACUGAGCUGCUACCUGCGAGCCCCUCGGAGCCGUGGGCACCCGCUGGCCGCACUGCCCGGGCCGCCCCGCUGGCCGCUGAUGGGCAGCCUGCCCGACGUCCUCUGGAAAGGAGGGCUGAAAAGGCAGCACGACACGCUGGCCGAGUAUCACAGGAGGUUUGGGAAGAUAUUCCGCAUGAAGCUGGGGUCUUUCGACUCAGUGCACAUCGCAGCCCCCUGCCUCCUGGAAGCUCUGUACCGCCGGGAGAGUGCCUGCCCCCAGCGGCUGGAGAUCAAGCCCUGGAAAGCCUAUCGGGACUUUCGCGACGAGGGCUACGGGCUGCUGAUCCUGGAAGGAAAGGACUGGCAGAGGGUAAGAACUGCCUUUCAAAAGAAACUGAUGAAACCCAGGGAAGUUGCGAAGCUGGAUACCAUGAUCAACGAGGUCCUGGAAGACUUCAUGCACAGAAUAGAUGACGUUUGUAACCACAAUGGACAAAUGGAAGAUGUCUAUUCAGAAUUCAACAAAUGGUCAUUUGAAAGUAUCUGUCUGGUGCUGUACAGAAAGAGGUUUGGUCUCCUACAGAAGGAUGUAGAAGAAGAAAGUUUGAACUUCAUCAAGGCAGUAAAAACGAUGAUGGCUACUUUUGGAAUGAUGAUGGUGACCCCUGUAGAACUUCACAAGGGUCUGAACACAAAAGUCUGGCAGGCUCACACAAAAGCAUGGGAUGAUAUAUUUAAAACAGCCAAGCACUCCAUUGACUGUCGACUGGAAAAACACUCUGCAAACCCUCAGGAGGAUUUCCUGUGUGACAUCUAUUCUGGAGGACAACUUUCCAAGAAGGAGCUGUAUGCUGCCAUCGCAGAGCUUCAGAUUGCUGGAGUUGAAACGACGGCCAAUAGUUUACUAUGGGCUUUGUAUAACAUUUCACGAAAUCCGCAUGUUCAGCAGAAGCUUUUACAGGAAAUACAGAGUGUUUUGGCUGCUAAUGAGGGUCCAAGUGCUGAGAACCUGAAAAAUAUGCCUUACCUAAAAGCAUGUCUGAAAGAAUCCAUGAGAUUAACACCUUCGGUGCCAUUUACCACUCGCACCAUUGACACAGAAAUGGUUCUGGGAGAUUAUCAGCUGCCCAAAGGGACCAUACUAAUGAUAAAUAGCCAUGCCUUGGGUUGCAAUGAAGAGUACUUUCAUAGCUGGACUCAGUUUAAACCAGAGCGCUGGUUUCAGAAAAACUUAAUAAAUCCAUUUUCUCAUGUUCCAUUUGGCAUUGGGAAGAGGAUGUGCAUCGGACGCCGCAUUGCAGAGCUACAGCUUCACUUGGCUCUUUGCUGGCUCGUUCGCAAAUACCAAAUUGUAGCAACUGACGACAAACCAGUAGAAACACUCCAUUCAGGAAUACUGAUUCCCAGCCGGGAGCUUCCCAUUGCGUUUCACAGGCGAUAA